CUUGAGAGAAUAUAUUUAUUAUUCAAAAUGAUAAGAAAAUCAACUCGUGAGUGGAGAGAAUAUUGCACCAAACUCUCGGACAUCAAGAAAAAGUCUAACAAAGAGAUCCUCUGUACUGAAUGCUGGAUGUUCCUAAAUUAUGAGCAAAAGACUAAACACGCGGCCAGGUUCCCUGCCCAUAGAGGAAGUGUACUGACUCCUUCACAGUUUGCUAGUGAGCUUCAGUUCUAUCCUAUUGCUCUUGUAAAUAACAAGAUCAUUGAAAAGGGUAGAGGAGUUAAACUGGUCAUUUUGCCGAGCUUUUAUAAUUCCAGUGUUGAAGAAGGUCAUAUUAAUGUCAUUGAGGAGCUCUGUAGAGAGACACAUUGCUCUUCUUCUAGCAACAUCAAAAUGCACACAACGCUGAGCUCCCAACCUUUGAUUGAACAAUUAUGCUGAUGAGACCAGCCUGGCUCUGAUAUAUCAGUUCAAGAUUCUUGCUAUUUAUCAACCGAUAACAAAAAGAAAAAUCUUAAUUCUAAUAUUGAUAGCACACUUGCUGAUUUGUGUCAGUUUGAGAACAAGAUUUACAAACAACUUUGGCUAACUUUGCAUGACGAUGCUUAUUGACAUCAAUCAACGUAUCCACAGACUCAAGUUCCAAUGUAUGAAGUGGAAGUGAUGGAGAUUGGAGACAACACCAAACCCUUGGUUCUUGAGUGAGCUUACUCCACAGAAUGCAACCAAGAACACAGCGAUCCUGACUCUAAUUGCUGUUCUGUAUUACAAGGAGCCAAAAAUACCCCAUCUUCUAUAAAAAUAGCUGAUCCAUAUUUCUUCAGCUACAAGAGCAAGAAAUCCAACGAGCUCUCUACCGCCCAGCAACAAAGCCAGAGGCUGCCAAGUCUGAACAAAGUGGCAUCUCUAUUUGAAGGUUUUAAUAACUGAUAUUCGUGCUAAAAUUGCUUUAAA